UUAGCAUAAUGGAGGAUGGUAGUAGGAUACAAGGCCAUAUGGCACCUACUGUAGCUUCCAGGUUGAAGAUCAAAAAUGAAUGCAUUCGAGUGGUCCUGGCAGAGACCCUCUGCACGUUCAUCAUGAUGGUGUUUGGGCUUGGCACUGUUGCACAAGUGGUCACAGGAAAUGGUGUUUUUGGAGAGUAUUUCAGCAUAAAUGUAGGCUUUGGGCUGAGUGUGGCUAUGGGUGUGCACGUUGGUGGAAAAGUGUCAGGAGCUCAUAUGAAUGCAGCUGUUUCAUUCACAAUGUGCGUGUUUGGCCGUUUGCGCUGGAAGAUGUUCCCACUGUAUGUUUUUGCCCAGUUUCUGGGUUCCUUCCUUGCUGCUGGGACCAUUUUUUUACUUUAUUAUGAUGCUAUACAUCAUUACUGUGGGGGCAAUUUCACUGUGUCGGGCCCCAAAGCAACAGCUGGGAUCUUCGCUACAUAUCCAGCACCUUUCAUCUCAAUCUACACUGGAUUCUUUGAUCAGGUUCUGGGCACUGCCAUGCUGUUGCUGUGUCUGAUGGCUCUGGCAGACCAGAGAAACCAGCCGGUCGUGCCUAGAGGUGAGCCUGUGGGUGUGGGGCUCCUGGUGCUCCUCAUUGGUGUCUCUCUGGGAAGCAACAGCGGCUAUGCCAUCAAUCCAACACGAGAUCUGGGGCCGAGAGUCUUCACACUGAUGGCAGGUUGGGGCAUGGAUGUUUUCAGGGCCGGCAAUGGCUGGUGGUGGGUACCUUUGGUGGCCCCCUUUAUUGGUGGAGUGACUGGGGCUUUAAUCUACGAAGCAUUUGUAGAGCUACACCACCCUGAUCUUAAGAGCACUAAGACACAGUCUGCAGAAGAUCCUGAAUGUGUUCCUCUGGAAAAGUGCAAGAAUAGCAGUACAGAGAUAUCUGUCUGAGAGUUUCACUCGCAGACCUGCUUCAUUUAAGGACCAAGGAUAAUACAGGGACCAAAGAAGAAAACAGACAUUUCCACUGGGGACACCUGAAUGUUUACAGGCAUAACAUGAGACAUGGAUGCCAGUCGAAAAGCCUAUGGGUUG